CAUCGCUGGACACUGUGGUGACAGAUUUCAUUCUCCUGGGCAUGUCUAACCCCCCGAAUCUAAGAAGCCUCCUCUUCCUGGUCUUCUCCAUCAUUUACAUCCUCACGCAGCUGGGGAACCUGCUCAUUCUGCUCACCGUGUGGGCUGACCCGAAGCUCCAUGCUCGCCCCAUGUACAUUCUUCUGGGAGUGCUCUCAUUCCUGGACAUGUGGCUCUCCUCAGUCAUCGUUCCUCGAAUUAUUUUAAACUUCACUCCUGCCAGCAAGGCUAUCCCGUUUGGUGGCUGUGUGGCUCAGCUGUAUUUCUUUCACUUCCUGGGCAGCACCCAGUGCUUCCUCUACACCUUGAUGGCCUAUGACAGGUACCUGGCAAUAUGUCAGCCCCUGCGCUACCCAGUGCUCAUGAAUGGGAGGUUAUGCACAGUCCUUGUGGCUGGAGCUUGGGUCGCUGGCUCCAUUCAUGGGUCUAUCCAGGCCACCCUGACCUUCCGCCUGCCCUAUUGUGGGCCCAAUCAGGUACAUUACUUUAUCUGUGACAUCCCUGCAGUAUUGAGACUGGCCUGUGCUGACACAACUGUCAAUGAGCUUGUGACCUUUGUGGACAUCGGAGUAGUGGCCGCCAGUUGCUUCAUGUUAAUUCUGCUUUCCUAUGCCAACAUAGUCCAUGCCAUCCUGAAGAUACGCACUGCUGAUGGGAGGCGCCGGGCCUUCUCCACCUGUGGCUCCCACCUAACUGUGGUCACAGUCUACUAUAUUCCCUGUAUUUUCAUCUACCUUAGGGCUGGCUCCAAGAGCCCCCUGGAUGGGGCAGUGGCUGUGUUUUACACUGUUGUCACUCCAUUCCUGAACCCCCUCAUCUACACACUGAGGAAUCAAGAAGUGAAGUCUGCUCUGAAGAGGAUGACAGCAGGUCGAGAGGCUGAAUGAAAAUAAGUAACUACACCUGCAUCAUCAUCACUGCCACUCUCUUCAGCUACUGCUAC